AUGGGCCACCAUGGUCAGAGAAAACAUAAAAAGAAACUUGAAACUUUGAUUGCAGAAACAAAAAACAAGAAUGCAGUAAGAGAAGGGAUCCUUGUGCUUCCGGAAGCUGGGGAAGAUCACACACCGCCGAGAAGCAUCCAUAUUGAUGCAGACGCACACCAAAACACAGGCCCGGACCUUCUGUUACACGUACACAGACACGUACAAAGCUUCAAUGUGCGACAGGUUCAGACUGCAUCCAAAGCUGUGGUUGUCAAGACUGUUAUCCAUGUUGUCCAUGAAAAUGGCUCAACCGUUGGGACAUUUACAGUCGAAACUUUGCCAGCAACAGUAUCAAACUCUGAGAUUGGGAUUGUCACCAUUCCAGCAGAGUCAGAUUCACCGAUUACUGUCUCUGCCCUUCCAAGUGCAACAUCAGCGUCUCACACUGCCUCAGUUAGUAUCCCAGCAACUGAAUCGCCCUCUUUAAGUGAACCUGUCACGCUCCCUAGUGCGUCUGAAACUGCUCCUAGCAUUCCGGUUUCACAAUCACCACCACCUGCGGCAUCCGACCACCAAACAUCAGGGAUCAUUACAUCUCCCGCCGAUGUUAUCUUAAUCCCAUCGGUGACCCCGGAAACGCCUGUUGUCACAUUGCUGACGCCCUCGUCUCUCAACCUCUACCCGGUUAUCCCUACAUCCGCCAGCGAAACUUCAAUUAUCCCACCUAUUUCCAGUAGCGAUAUAGUCUCUCUGGUUACCUCCAUAGUCCCGUCAAUUGCCUCUUCGAUUCCUCCCUCUAUUUCCACGUCUUCCUCCCCCUUGGUUUCUACACCAAGUUCUAUUCUACUUUCUACCGCGACUACAACAUCCUCCUCGACGACAUCUUCUACUUCAACCUCCACUUCUUCAGUGAAAUCUUCCGUAACUUCCUCGACUUCCACUACACUCUUCUUUGGAGGAGGCGGGGGUGCUCCAACUGAAAAUAGCGGACCCGCUCCCACUAAUUUAUUUGAUAACCAGGGCCAAACUUCCAAAACCGAUGGCCUCUCUCCACCGCGAGUCAUUGGAGCUGUUGUUGGCUCAGUUUCCGGUUUUGUUUUGAUUCUAUUGAUCAUCUUGUUUACAAUCCGUUCUCGAAAACGAAAGUCCUCGCAAACCCGUGCACUCUCCGAAGGUGCAGGUUCUACAAUGCCAGCGGAGUACCCUCCACGUCCUGGUUUCAGUUCAAGCGCUCGCUCAAGUGCCAUUAUUGCCAACUUCUUUGCGCCUGCCCGAGCUCUUAGCCGAUGGAGAGACUCUGAUCAGUCGCUUCGCACUGAAGAAUUCGUACCGGCUCAACGCGGCUUUGAAAAGCUUGGGGGUAGGAAACUAAAAUCUGUGUUAGAAACUGGUGGUGACGGUUAUGAUAACGAGUUCGGAGUUAGCGAAAAAGUGUAUGAAUCCGGCGCAUUGACAAAAGAUAUAGGAGUCGGCGUUGCGUCUGCUUCGUACGAUCCACCACUCAACAAGGAAAUCGGACAGUCCCGAACUAUUCCCUCCCCGCCGCUUGGCCGUCCUGCGUCCCAGGAAAGUGACUCUUCUGAGAAGGUUUUGUUCCGCCCAUCCCCUGCGAGAGCGAUCACCACCGAAAGCUCCGUCUCUGGUACCGACGUGCCUACUACUGCUAGAACUGGGAUGAUGACGCGGAUGAUGUCCCCCCAACCACCGCCACGCUCGUCGAUGAGAGCUUUCUCAGGUGAUGCCAUUGGGAGGAGUCAUGCGAGCGCGGAUGGCAGCUGUACUAGUCGCUUCACGGAGGGAAUUUAA